AGUCCACUUGCCAUUAGAGGGAGCCGUGCAGCUGGCAGAAGGACUGAUAGGAAAUUAGCAGAGAAGAAAUGACGCAAUGCGGAGGGGGCGGGGACAAUUUAGGGCGGGCUUCCCGCCUCUCGCCUUCUGUUCUCAAUCUGGUCCGGUGCUCUGUUAUAUUAGGGGGUAAAACCGCCCUACUCUCACCGAAGGUUGUCUCCAGCUUGAUUCUCGCCAUGUCGGGGAGAGGAAAGGGCGGCAAAGGUUUGGGCAAGGGGGGUGCCAAGCGCCACCGCAAAGUUUUGAGAGACAACAUCCAAGGCAUCACCAAGCCGGCAAUUCGGCGCCUUGCCCGGCGUGGAGGAGUCAAGCGGAUCUCCGGCCUCAUCUACGAGGAGACCCGGGGCGUGCUGAAGGUUUUCCUGGAAAACGUCAUUCGGGACGCAGUCACCUACACUGAGCACGCCAAGCGCAAGACGGUCACGGCUAUGGACGUAGUGUAUGCCCUGAAGCGACAAGGACGCACCCUGUAUGGUUUCGGAGGCUAAGCUGCCGCUUCAUUUCUGCAUCCAUCCUGCCAACGGCCCUUUUUAGGGCCAACCA